AUGAGCACAGGCUGGGGAACCUCGUCUGGCUUUGGUGGGCAGCUGGCAAUUUCAGGUACUGCUCAACAGCCUGCCACAGCCGGUUUUGGCGCAUCCUCCAAUAAUGCAUUCGGCCAGAAACCUCUGCUUUCAGCAAACACUACUCAGAAUACAUCUGGAGGAUUAUUUGGAAAUUCGGCCUCGGGAGGCGGCAUGUUUGGCCAAAACCCACAGAACCUGGCCCUGGGUGGACUAUUUGGCAGCUCAAAUGCCAAUUUGACUUCCAAUUCCACCACAAAUCAACCUUCAAAUGGUGGCUUGUUUGGAAACUCCAACAUAACCGCCAAUUCGGCCAAUACAGGUUUGUUUGGAAGUUCAUCAAAUAAACCAGCAACAGGCCUUACCGGAGGCUUGUUUGGAAAUUCCUCUACGGGUGGAAAUAAUGCUACAGGUAACUCAACAACAGGUACAUUUGGCACGGGUAACAGCAACCCUGCGGCUCCUUCUGGCGGCUUGUUCGGUAACAGCACAAAUACAACCGGCGGAGGCUUGUUCACCAAUUCUGGUGCCGCCAACACUACUUCAAACGCUUCUGGAGGCUUGUUUGGAGCCAAACCAGCAACUGGAGGCUUAUUUGGCAGUACGUCUGCUCCUCCUGCUACUGGAGGCUUAUUUGGCGGGAGCUCUACAAAUACCGCUCCACAGGCAAAUUCUGGAGGUUUAUUCUCGAAACCGCCCUCCUCAACGGGUGGAUUAUUUGGCAAUUCCUCUACUCUCAAUAAGCCAGCAGGUGGAUUAUUUGGAGCUUCCUCCAGCAAUUCUGGAGGACUUUUCGGAAAUUCUUCCAGCAGCACCCAGCAAACGAAUGGCCUUUUCGGCCAAGCAAACACUGGACUUGGUGGCGGAAUUGCUGCCACUACUACCAACAACUCUAAUCCAUAUUUAUCGAGUCUGAUUCUUUCCACUAUCAACAGAACCGACGCAGCGAUGCCACUGUCAAUUACUGGUACGCUUUUCGGCCGAACCGCACCUUCCAGCUCAAAGGACUCAGAGGCUCCAAAGUCGAAGGAAAAAUCGUCUUUACUCAGUAAAUUGGCUCAGACAUUCAACAUUUUCAGAACAAAAGUCGACUCUGAAUCAACGGACUCGAGUUUUUCUAGACUCAAGGGCAUUUUCACCCAACUGAAUUUCGUCAAGAAUGACCAAGUUAUAAAUAAAGCAAAGUACAGCGUCACAAAGCCUCGCAAUACCUCAAGUGCAUUUGUUCUUCUGCUGGAGAACCGCGGAGCAGAUGUUAAAAGAUUGGUCAUCAAAUCUAAGCCCCUCAAAUUCCACUUGAUCAAUGCGGACAAAGUGUUCAAUGCUAAGAGGAAGAGAGUAUUGGCGCUGGCUCUUCAAACCACGUCUCAGUUUAAUAAUCUUACAGAUGACGAUGAAAGUGAAAGCGAACAAGCUCUUCUCGCAGAAAGAAAGGAGAGACAAGUUGCUGAAGAGGUACCUAUCAAAGUUGCUCCUACCGAAACUAAGAUUAGUGAAGAGACCGAGCAUGAAGAAAACAUUGAAGGUUACUGGUGCUCUCCUUCAAUCAAAGAGCUUAGGAAACUUAGGAGUGUGGAUCUUGCCAAUGUUGACAAUUUCAUUGUGGGCAAAUAUAAUGUGGGUCAGAUCGCUUACAAUUAUCCUGUUGACUUGUCUGCCUUAUUUUCUCGUUGUGACGAAGAAGGACUCUCAGUAGCAGAGGAGUUGUUUGGCAAGAUCAUCAAAAUGAGAGAAUGUGUUGUUCAAGUUUACGACAUCGACGAGGGUUCAAACUUUUCAAAGCCUCCUAUUGGUUUUGAGCUAAAUGUACCCGCCACUAUUACAAUCAAAACACCUCCAAAGAAAAAGAUUUCCAAACAAGAUCACAUUAAACGGUUGCAGAAUAUGACCGGAAUGGAGUUCGUCACAUUUGAUCCUUUAACGGACAACUGGACUUUCAAGGUGAAACACUUUAGUGUUUGGGGUCUAAUAGAUGACAGCGAGGACGAAGAAGAAGACGCUGAAAUGAAGAGAUUGCGUGAAUUGAAAAAGAAACAAGACUUGCAAGAAAGCGAGGCUUCCGUCAUUUACUCCAAAAUUUAUGAGAAUGAAGAGUACACCCAACUGCUAAAACGUCAGAAGAUCGGGAGAUCCUUGAAAGGUGUUCCAGGAGGCUGGGAUUAUGAUGCAACAAUUCAAUCUGGAGGAGCUUUGGUUCAGAAGCAAAAGUUGGUACAGGAUGAAAUCAACAGGCUGUUGAACAUCUACAAGGAAGAUAAAUCUGUUGACGCCCUUGCAGCUAAUGCAAGCGAUAUCACCUUGGAAUCUGACCCUGAAGAUGUGAGAUCUCCUGCAAGUGUAGGUGUGGAGAGCCCAAUCUAUUCUGAUGAGGUUGAGAAUUACGACUACCUCAAACAAAUUGUUAGUGUCUUGCCACCUAAUACUGACUUGAACGAUCUUAUUGACGAGAAGGCAUAUGAGCCAGAUGUGGAAGACGAAGCUAUUUUUGAUAAUUUCAAUCGCCAAUCAACCCUUGCAACUUCCAAGGAUUGGCUCCUUCAAUUGGAGCUAGCUAAUGAUAUCGACUCUGCAUUGACUCCUUACUUGGCUAUCCCCCGUAAUCAGAAACUGUCCUUGAAAGCUGUCAAUGACAUAUUAUUUUCGGACUUUGACAGGAGUUCGGUUGAUUCCGAUCAAAUUUCAACUCCUAUCAAGGAAGUUCCACUGGGAGCAAAGUUGAUUGCAGCACCACCAAGCUUCGAGCCCACAACAGUUUCAAGACUAAUCCAGAGCUUACUUCUCAAGGCAGAUGUCCAAGUGAGAUCAAACAAGUUUCCUCGUCUUCAGCUUAACCAAUCCUUAAGCUUCAGAGAUAUCAUAUCUUUUAUUGGAGAAACCGAUUCAGAUUCCGAAGCAUUGGCACUUGCAUCAAUCUUGUUUGACAAGAUUGAUAUCUCAACAAUCGAGAAGUAUUCUAAGGUUGUAACUUCACACGCAGGUAAUUCUAGUUUGAUUCAACGCCUUGAACUACUCGAGCAAAGAAAGCAGCUAGAGCAAUGGUUGAAGAAAAACAAUCUUGAUGAUAUGGAGUCUGAUGGGGAUUCAUUGGCUUUGAUUGAAAACUUCAUUAUCCAUGGCGAAAUAAAGCCAGCCAUUCAGCUAGCACUCUCAUCUAAGAACACUCAUUUGGCAGUACUUUUAAACCUUAUUGACUCCAAUGACGCCACUGUUAAAACUCUUGCUAAGAGCCAGUUAGAUGAUUGGCGAAUCAAUAACGCAAUGGAAUUUGUUCCAUCUCAAUUGGUGAGCAUCUACCAAAUCUUGGCUGGUCAAUUUGAUAUUGCUAACGGGUCCUUUAUCACCAUUGUUGGUUUGCACAUUUUCUACGGUAACCCUGCAGAGUCUCUUGAAAGUGUUUUCAAGAGUAUCGAUGGGGAAGGCAACGAUAAUUUUGCAGAUAUUUUGAAGAUCUAUACAACUUUGAAGCUCGAAGGAUUGUCUGCAUCUAUCGGUUGCAUUAAGAACUCUCAUUUGAGUGAAAAGGUCAAAUGGGAACUUCUUAGUGUUUUGAAUGCAUCUUACGGCCAGAACAUUCUGCUUACUAUUGGAGAUGACGUCAAGGAAUCUUUUGGAUCCUUGCUUGCCACUAAUGGUUUGUGGAAGGAGGCCAUAUUUGUAUUCUCUACGCUUUCUGAUGAUGACAAGGUCAGGAUGCUAAUUAGGAAAACAGUCAUCGCCAAUAUCGAGCAUAUCAAAGGGCAGACAAAUGACGAAGAGGAGUAUGUUGUCAAAGUGCUUGGGGUUCCAAGAAGUUUGGUAUAUGAAGCUGUUGCAAUCGAGAGGGCCAACCAGAAGGAUUACUGGAAACAGGGUGUGGCUUUGGUGGAGGCAGAACUAUGGAGUGACGCACAUGAGUGUGUCUGCAAGCAUCUCGGACCUGCUGCUGUGAUUGACAACGACUAUGAACUGAAGAAAGAGUUGAGAACGGUAAUUGCCAGCUUUCCGCAACAUGGAUCGAUCAUUCCCAAAUGGAAGCAAGGCGCUGGGCUUUACUCGGGCUACUUCGACGUUUUAGACUCUUUCUCCCAGCAAGCUUGCAUCAACUCAGAAGACUUAUCUACCCUUCUUAACAACUUGGCACUAAUGAGCGAUUACGAUUCAUUCGAUGUCAAAGUUGCUAUCAAAUUGAUGUCUAAAAAAAUUGCUGACAUUGCACUUGAAACGAAAGAGAAGCUUCCGGAUCUCCGAAAGAAAAUUUCAGCUUUGCAAUUGGGUGACAAUGAAAGACGCUAUCUCGACAGUCGACUUGUCGCAGUGGGUCUCUAG